AAAGAAAAUGUUACUUCAAGACAAAUAAAAUCCAACUUCGAGUGAAAAAACUAAACAAGUCAAAGUGUCGUUGAAUCUUUGAUAGCUGGAGAGAGUCAACUUUGGCAAAGACGAGAUGGCAGACGAAGCUGGGAAAGCAGGUCUUGGAAACGGUGAGGACAAAGAGGUUCAACAGUUGCAGGACGGCUCCCACAAUCCUCUGCCGACCCGAGGAGGAGGGGAGGAGGAGGAAGAGGCGGCAGGCACACUUCCUGCCCAAAGCAGAUCGGGAGAACACGUUACAGAUGGAAGUGGGGAGACAUCUCAAGAUAAAACAGAGGAACAAGGAGGAGAGCGGAGAGAGGAGGAGGAGGAGGAGGAGGAGGAGGAGGAACAGGAUUCUGACAGCAUGGAGGAUACCGUCCGAUAUUCCCUGACUGAGGAAGCAGGAGACAGCGAUGACCGGAGCGGAGGAGAAGGCGGCCGGAGAGAGCUUCGCAGACGGCGACGCGACAGGAGCCGGGGACGCACAUCCUCCAGCUCGGACGAGGAAAUCGAAGAGGACGAUGAGGACGAGGAAGAGGAGGAGGAAGACGAGCAAGCCCUGGACGAUUGGCUGGACUCUGAGAUCAAAGAGCUGGGCUGCCCCGGCUGGAGGGCCAUCCCCGAGCUCAGGGCCAGAGAGAUCGGGAGAGGGCUGCCUCACUUCACUCCCAGGGCGUGCGGGGCCCGGGGACUGGUGCAGAGGUUCAAGCUGCAGGGGAGUCUGGAGAAGCACAGCGGCUGCGUGAACACCCUGCAUUUCAACAGCUCCGGAAGCAGGCUGGCCUCCGGCAGCGAUGACCUGAAGGUGAUUAUCUGGGACUGGACGAGGAAGAGAGCCGUGCUGGAGUUUGAAACCGGGCACAAGAGCAACGUGUUUCAGGCGAAGUUCCUUCCCCACAGUGGAGACUCCACCCUGGCCAUGUGUGCGCGGGAUGGGCAGAUUCGCUUGGCUGACCUGUCAGCCACCCAGCGAUGCAAAUCCACCAAGAAAGUAGCUCAACACAAAGGAGCGGCACACAAGCUGGCUCUGGAUCCUGACUCUCCCUGCUUCUUCCUGUCAGCUGGAGAGGAUGCCGUCGUCUUUGGGAUUGACUUGCGACUGGACCGGCCCGCAACGAAGCUGGUGGUCGCAAAAGAGAACGACAAGAAGGUGGGUCUGUACACGAUCUAUGUGAACCCUGCCCGGACCCAUGAGUUUGCUGUCGGGGGGCGCGAUCAGUACGUGAGAAUUUAUGAUCACAGAAAGAUCAAUGAAAAUGAGAACAACGGCGUUCUGAAGAAGUUCUGCCCGCAGCACUUGAUCGCCAGCGAGUCCAAAACCAACAUCACUUGUCUUGUGUACAGCCACGACGGGACGGAACUGCUGGCCAGCUACAACGACGAAGACAUUUACCUGUUUGACACGAGCCACAGCGAUGGAGCGGAGUACAUCAAACACUACAAGGGACACCGAAACAAUGCAACAGUGAAAGGGGUGAAUUUCUACGGUCCGCGCGACGAGUUUGUGGUGAGUGGUAGUGACUGUGGGCACGUCUAUCUGUGGGAGAAGAACUCCGCCCGGAUUGUGCAGUUCAUGGAGGGAGACAAAGGGGGCGUGGUGAACUGUCUUGAGCCACACCCUCACCUGCCUGUUUUGGCCACCAGUGGUUUGGACCAUGAUGUGAAGAUCUGGGCUCCCACGGCAGAGACCCCCACUGGACUGCGAGGGCUGAAAGAGGUGAUGAAGAAGAACAAGCGAGAGCGCGAUGAAGACAGCGUGAGGAAUGGCGACCAGUACGACACGCAGCUGCUGUGGUUCCUCAUGAGACACGUGAGACACAGGCGACCGCAGAGGAGCCGCCGCGGAGAGGCCGUGGGCACCGAGGGAGAUUCUGACGAGUCGUGGAGUUCACCAGACUCCUCGGAUGAAGAGGAGACCGGACCCGAUCAAGUGCAGUGCAUGUCCUCCUGAACGACAGACAGACACGGCCCGGGGUGGGGGGGAUUUAAUCAGAUAAUGCAGCCUGGAUUCAUCAGCCAUCGAGUUACUUCAUUCUCCGGAGAUAUCAAACCAAACUUCAACACGAGACAGAAUUGCUUUGAGAAAUAGUGCAGCUUCAUCGAGCUUCAGCACACAAGACAGAAUCAGACAGAGAAUUAAAGUGUGCAGCUGUGGCCAAAAGUUUUCCUGUAUACUUAAUGAAUGAGAAAAUUUGAAAAAAGGAACAAAAUCUACCGUGAAAUACAGCUGUACUACUAUUAUGGCUUCUGGUACAGACUUCUAUGCGAGAUCAUUGUGCAGUUUAUUUGAUUGGACGAGGAUGUUAAGUGAAAGAUCUAAGUUUUGUUCAAAAAGUGUUUUUUUUUUUUUUUUUUUUUUUAUUUAAUUUUCUCCAAUCUUAAAAAUUCUAGGUGAUGCUAAACUUUUGGUCAGAGCUGUACCCCCAUCAAACUCGCGCGAGCCAAAAUCAGUGCAACUUCGAGAGCCUCGUUAUUUUCUGCUCAGUCAACCCAGAGGUGAAGUGUUAUCAGUUCGUUCUCGAUGAGGGUAAUCAUUUAUAAAAAAUUAAAAAAAUUAAAAAAUUCUAGGUCAAUCAAACAAACGAUUAUUUUUUGGGGGGGGUCCAGACCUGCCACCACUUUUCAAACUGAAAUAUAUGUUUUACUCUAUAUUGAAAGUGAUUUUGUAGGGUAAAAGCGAGUUGUCUUGUUCCCACUCUCUUACUCGCAGUCCCCUCUGUGUCUGGAGGCUGGAUCCAGUAGUGCCGCGCGAUCUCGUCGAGCUGCUUUUGUAUUUAUCGUUUUCUUUUAUUGAAUUCACUCCUCGGCAGGCCAGGCGGAGAACCAUGAGAAGAGCCAGCGAUUCUUUAUUUUUUUUCCAAAUUGCGUUUUAAAACAGGCUGAUUGUGUGCGUGUGUGUAAGAGACAAAUUAUACUGUUUUGAAGAAUUUAAUAUAAAACAACCUACUGAAGCCUGAUAAGUUUUGUAG